GUUAAUAUUGAAGACCUUAAAGGCUUUGAGAUAUUCUGUUUUGCCAUUUUGCUAUUGUGUUUUUAAUAGUAUUUUCAUUUGGACAUGCAAACAUCUAGUAGUCUCUCAUCUAUAUGGUUUGAAGUGAUUUAAUUUCACUAGGUAGUAUUUUCUGUGAUUAAUAACAUCACCAGCAGCCUGCUGUUUUAUUUAAUGUUAGUUGUUGAUAUGUUUUGUGAUGUCCUACUUUUUAUUCCUAACUAUGUGGCUGGGGCUCUUAAAAGUUAAUGCAUUGCAACAGUCUUGCAACAACAUUUAUGAGUUUACAGUGUUGAAGUUGGAAGUUUUAUGUGUUUGAAUAACAUGCUUUUGAUUUGCUAAGGUUGGCUGCUCUCUGAAGCCCUGUGUGUUGUCCCAGUUCCAUGCUCUAUAGACUUUUUCAUCUCCUUUUCUCAUAGCAUCUCUUCCUUAUCUCCUCUCUUCUGUUACAGAUUCUUUUUGCUUCUGCAUAUAUCACUCUACAGUAUACUCCUAUAGCUGUCACUGUUGCUUUUGCUAAUUAUUCAGGCGGGUAUGUGUAUGGAGAAGUACAUUGUCUUUCUGUCUUGGUGUAUUGGUUUUGUCUGGGGUAAAGUUAAUUUUCUUCAUAGUGGCUCCUGUGGUGCUAUGGUUUGGUUUUGUGACCAAAACAGGGUUAACAACCCAUGUUUUAGUUGUAGGUAAAUAGUGCUCGCGCAACAUCAAGACCUUUUCUGGUUCUCAUGCUGCUCCACCACCCCAUGGACUGGGGGUUGCACAAGAAGUUGUGAGAGGACACACUGGGACAGCUGACCCCAGCUGACAAAAGGGGUAUCGUGUACCAUAUGAUGUCAUGCUCAGCAAUAAAAGCUGGGAGAAGAAGGAGCAAGGGGGUGUGCUUGCAGUUAUGGUGAUUUGCUUUCCAAUCACUGUUGCAAGUGAUGAAGCCUGCUUUCCUGGGGAUUGCUAAAUGCCUGCCUGACAAUCGGAAGCAGUGAUUGAAUUCCUUCUUUUGCUUUGUUUUCACAUGCAGCUCUGCUUCACUCUUCAAACUAUCUUUAUCUUGGCCCACAAGUUUUGUCUUUUCUACCCCUGUGAUUCUCUCCCCCAUCUCACUGGGAAGCGAGUGAAUGAGUGGUUGUGUGGGGCUUAACUGCCUGUUAGGGUUAACCCAUUACACUUGGAUGGAAAGCUGUAAUCAUAUUUAAAUAGUGACUUGGCUCUUGAACACAGUGUUUUGAUUCCAGAAAUAGUUUUUAAUGUGGAUCAAAAAUUAUGAAGACUUUUUAUGGUUAGAGAUACCAUAUUGACUAAAUUUCUGGUCUUUGGUUUCAGCUCCCUAGUGUGACACAACCAGCAUUACACUUCAGUUCUUUAAUGGUGGUGAAUUAGAUCAGUCCAUAUGUAGAAACAAACACAUUCCAGCUGUCUAUAACUGUGUUAUCCCACAGCUAUAGUAAGACUGGUGAUUAUCUGUGUUACCUCCUUUUCCAACUGUGGUCAGCCUGGGAAGAUGGGUGAGUUCAAUGACCUCUGAAGGUUCCUUCCUGUUGUUUUCUGUCAUUUGGUGAAACAAAGCUUCGGGCAAAUAACAUUCUUCCUCUAAAAGCAGCACAUUUACUGCAUUCCCACUUUUUGGUAGGCUGCAAACCUGUAGUUUGUCUAAUCAUGAAAGAGUAGGCAGGCACUGCAGAGCUAGUGCGUGACCCUGGGGACAAGGCAGAAAAGCAGAAAGCAGCAUUCAGUGAAGUGUUAACGAGCUGUACGAGAGGCCCCAUGGGACAUGUGACUGCACAGGAAAGAGUCAUUUUAAUAAGGAGUCCACAUGAACAUCCUUCUUCAUAAGUACUCAUUCAGAAGCAAUGCAGGGAGGUAAUAAAAUGCUUUAUCUGCAGCUUGACAAGCUGUAUCAAGACUCAGCUUGCUCUCCUUGAUCAUCUGGAUAGAGAUCCUGUUGUAGUAUAUGGCAAAGAUUUUUUAUUUUUUUUCCAUCUUCCACAGCAACACAUGCCAGAGUUCAGUGCUGAAAUGGAAUUGCUGUUUGACAGGCACCUGCAUCUACACGUGGAAACGGGGAAGUUCUAAUCUGUUAAAGUAGAUCUAGUCAUGGAUGUUAGUUCUCACUUUGAAAAUUACUUUGUUACCAUUGAGGACUUUUAUAGGGAAUAGGCCUGUGGGUCAUUGUUCUGGGCCAGUGUUGCAGUCAGCAGAUAAGUGUUUAGAUCUUUUUCAGUCUCUGAAAGCACUUGUAAUAUAGAACAUCUGCCCAAAAGUCUUCAGUUCUUCUGUUCCGGUAGAUAAUGGUAGUAACUUUAAAAGUAGAAAGCUUUUAGAGACGUACCUGGUUAGGAAACAGUAGAGCAGUAUCAGGAUUUUGGUCAGAAAUGAACAUUGUGAUGAGAAAAUUCUGACCUAACUCAACUAAGGAGCUGAAAUCCAAUGGCUAGAAAGAAAAAGUCAUAUGGGUUUUUUUUGUCUUCAGGGAAGCACAAUUACAGGCAGGGAGUAAUGCAUUAUAAUUUUCUCAGCUUCUUCACUUAUUUGUUUGUAUAAUGACUAUAUAAAGAAACAGCUUGGAAAGAGAGGAGGCCCUUUAAUGAUUAUUUGUUGUUUUGCAUGAGAACACAUCCUCUGCAUAAUUAUUUUAAAACUGACUUUUCCUGGGGUACGUCAUAAGACUGUCUGUGGUGUGUCUUUGAGACUAAGUGCUAUCCAGGAGAAGAGUAGGAGUUGACAUUCCUUUUGUAUGCUGAUAAAUGCCACUGUGCUUGUACUAGGUGGAACACAAAUUUGCAAAAAGCAAGAGAAUUGCCUGUAACAAACAGUAAAAAUGUUUUUGAUGUUUUGAAGAGAGGAAGUAUUUCUAGCUUUAGUGGUUUAGAAAAUUAUAACUUGACUCUCAUGUCAAGCUUUUCCUUUUAAAUUUAUUUUUUUUUAAUUCUGUUGCAUCCCUGUUCCUGGCCAUAGUAUUUCAAAAUGUUGCAAGACUGUUGUGACAUGGAGUGGCUAACAGGGACUAAGCUGUUCAUGCAGCGGUUAGCGUGGAAGGGGAUGCAGAAGUCACCUGUCACUCUGAGACAGCUAGACUAGGCACAGCGAUGUACCUGACAGUGUGGGCUUCUGCCCUGGUUGGAGCGGCUGUGCCCAGCACAUGGGAAUCUGACUCAGACAGAGCUCCAGAGGAAUGAUGUGGCAGAUCUUUGGCUACUGGGACUGACUGUUAUUUCUCCCUGAGCCUGGGGCAGAGCAUGAUGGUGGAGCAUCAUCUCUUGGGUUCUGCUGCAAUCAAGGUGCUGGGCUGCCAGGAAAGCAAUGGCAGGAGGUGAGCAGGCUACAUAGCUGUAGGAAGCAGAAACAGGAAAUCGACAGGGUCUUUGCACAGAGUAGAAGAGCACAAACCCUACAUUGCAUGGAAGGAGGGACAGCUAGAAGCUAUGCUCAAACGACUGAUGGAUGGAGACUCACAAGAUGGGGGAAGACUGGAAGCUUGUGACUGCUGGCAACAGAAGGCAGAAUAUCUUCUUGCAUAUUGUGGAUAUAUCUAAUCCCAAGGAAAUCUGGAAGUUCGCUGAAAAUUUCAAAAAUGAACAUAAAUUACAUGUGUUGAUCAAUAAUGCAGGAUGUAUGGUGAAUAACAGAGAACUAACUGAAGAUGGACUCGAAAAAAACUUUGCAACAAAUACUUUAGGUACGUACAUUCUGACAACUGCCCUGCUGCCCCUGCUGGAAAAAGAAGCUGAUGCCAGAGUGAUAACCGUUUCUUCAGGGGGCAUGCUAGUUCAAAAAUUAAACAUAUCUGACUUGCAGUCAGGAAAUGGGACAUUUGAUGGAGUUAUGGUGUAUGCACAAAACAAGAGACAGCAAGUUGUCUUGACAGAACAAUGGGCAAAAGCUCACAGAAACAUCCAUUUCUCUGUUAUGCACCCUGGCUGGGCAGACACUCCAGCUGUGAGGUCGUCAAUGCCAGAUUUCUAUCAGAGGAUGAAGAACACUCUGCGCACAGAGGCCCAGGGAGCUGAUACUGUUGUGUGGUUGGCAGUGUCAUCUGAAGCAACAAAGUUACCAAGUGGCUUGUUCUUCCAAGACAGGCAACCCGUCCCUACACACUUACCCCUGGCAAGCACGCACAGUCCACCUGAGGAUGAGGAGAAGCUAAUGGAGGUGCUGGAAGAAUUCUCCCAGAAGUUUAAAUCCGCUUCUCUAGGAACUUAGUGUCACUACUCAGUGCAACCACAACGCUUCUAAUUACACAGGAACAGCGCUGUAGCGCGCCUGCUGUUGAGGGGAAGUAGGAUGCUGUAGGCCUGUUAAAAAUAGAUUGUGUUCAGGUGUUCUCAUCAUGGGGCAGAGUGGUGCCUGCCAUUUCUUUUUUUGCUGCUGCUGCCAAGUUUCUCGCAUGGUGAAUAUGCACCUGCUGUCUCAAGACACAGUAAGGUUGUGUCCUUUGAAUUAGAAGAAAAAUUGGGAGGCAUAAAGUAAAGCCCAAGACUUUGUGAAGUUACCCAAAAUCUUUUAAAACAGCGCAGAGAAAUGCAGAGGAGUGUACUUUCAGUAGCCCUCGUGGAAGACUUCAGGGAAGAAGUAGUAAAUGUUUUAAACAAUGUUCAACCACUGUAUUUGACAGGGUGGUGACUUCCUUCAUGGUACAAGGCUGACUGGGCUCAAAGCUAUGACUGGGAAUGCAGAAACUCUGUCUUGCAUUGCCUGCUUAGUUUAAAUAGGAUUCCUUGCAGCCUUCAGUUUCUAUAAAUCAAUGCUGGUAUGCAGAAGCGAUCUGCUUCCUCAUGUUUAAACAGCAAGAAUGUGGGAGCACUGCCAAAUGCCUUCCACAUUACUUUAUGGAGCCAGGGCUGAAGAUCAUCCUGUUUAUGUCAAGAUACCAUGAAAUGGGAGGUUUCAACACAUACCACACCCAGACACCCCCCAGGGAAAUGGCUGCAUGACUCCAGGCAUGAAAAGAAAGAACAUGUUAAGCCGUAGGUGCUUGCCGUUUCUGGGAAGGAUCGAAGGGAAUUGCUUUGUCAUUACAAAUGGAUUAAGAGGGGGAGGGAACACUGGGAGGCGCAGGUUUCAGAGAAGUCCACCUCCUGAUGAAGGGGUUGUAUUUUGCCUGGAACUGUUUAUUUCCAGACACAAAGGAUGGGAUUAAUCUUACCUGACCUGUGAACAUUUGAAUUACUCAUUGGGAUUCUCAGUGUAAAUCAGUAGAGAGAAAACAGACUUUUUCACAGUGUUUUGCUGGAUCUAGUUUAAGAAUCAACCCCUACAUUCCUACAUCUCUUUACUGAUGGUGCAGACAACCAGCUCAGGCUAAGACAUUCACGUGUGAUUCAUUUUUUGUCUUACACAUUUCAGAUUUACUGCAAAGCCAAGGUUAUUAAAAGAAACAGUGGUAAUACAUGUUCUCCUGCACUGUUGCGUACAGAACCCAACCAUGUUGCACUAGCGUUUUACACGUGGCUGCAGACCCGUGUGGUGGGACAAAAGGCCCAGACACAACUGUAACGCAGGUGUUCUCAAGCUCCCUGCAGUGACCGGUAGCUGAAGGGCAGGCUGGUGGGCAGCAGAGAACUCCUUAUGUCCCCAAAGAUAUCCUACUGGCUGAUGGCACUUACUCAUUAUUCGAAGACACCCUAUUAAGUGUCAAUUCAGAAAAAGUUCUUCUUUCAGCCCAUUGUCGGUGUCCUUGGAAAGAAAGGAUUUACUGGCAGAGAGGCACUGAAAUACAUUUUCCGUGAUAAGCAGCGCUGGGACACGUCAUGCUGUCACAGCUCUUCCUGGAGAGGCUGGAUCAGCAUUUGAACUAUUGCUGCAUUUUAAAAGCUUAACUCCUUCUCACACUGCAGUGAAAGAAAACAACUGCAAGGCUUGUAGAGAUGUUUAUAUCCUAGAAUUCCAGUAUUAACAUUUCACUCUUCAGUUACUAAAAAUAAAGGCAUGGCUGAAAGCAUUUGUAAUAACUACAUUUCUCAAUCCAAUAGCUGCAAAGCUGAGAAGGACAUUUGCAUACUCUGUUUUUUAAAAGUCAAGUUGCUUCUCAGCUCUGCAGUAUAGAAGAAAAAUUUAAUGACAGGUAUAUAAAUAGUCCAUAAAAAUAAAAGUGCACAGUAUAUAACAUAUAUUUUAGUCUACAUUCUGUACUGAUGUGUUUGAGUAGCCUAUAUAUUUCUUUUUAGUCACAGCUUAAAAACAAGCUGAAAGUGUGAAAACCAUUCUAAUCAAAGUUUGGUCACAGUGUAUAAGAGCCAGAUACUAUGGAUUAAGAGCACCUGUGAUUUAUAAAGAAUUAAAACACAGGCCAGCAAUUAGUAACAAAAUCCGGAGUCCCCCACAUUGAUACUAUGGUCCUGAUGAUGCUUCAGCUCAGCUCUUUUCCCCAGGAGCGUGUGCCUGUAGAACCAGCGAGAUGCUUUGCGUUGGUGCAGUUCAGGAUGUCUUGUACCUGCAUGUAAGCAAACGCAUUAAUUGCCACCUACAAAAUUUUAGGCGCAAGAGAAAAAUGGCAUCCAGGGACAGCUCACCAGAAGCAGAUGGUGCAAAUUCUUGCUGAGCAGCACACCCUGAGGUGUCAGCACACACCUGCGUUAUAGGAGCUGAAGGAGAAGAACAGCAGCUAUUCUUACUGCUCUUCUCUUUCCACACUCAGCCCAACACUUGUGUCAGGCUCACACGGCUCUGACCUCAGGUGAUGGUUGGUUUUUUGUUGGUUUUUUUUUUUUUUUACACAUUCUGAAGACUUUCACAUUUUUCUUCAUGUUGUGAAGUCACUUGGUCAGAAGGUUUUUGCUCAUGGGGAUUUUGCACGGAGGAAUGUGUUCCCACAGACCAUGUGCAGACUCGCUUCCCCGAGUCCUAAUGGGAAGUGCAGCCGGGCUGAGCGCAGUGCUGCGGAGGCCACUGAAAAAUUUCUGUCGUGGGUGAAGGUUUUAGGAACUCAAUGUAAUGAAUAUCAGCCGAUUUUGUAAACUGAAUUGCCUCUUUUCCUAAAUUUAAUUUCUGGGCCAUGUUUAUUCUUUGUAAAGAUGAAUAAAAACCAAAAUAAAACAAGCUGUGGCUGAUUAAAGG